GCUAUAUCCAGUUGCUUGGGCAAUUAUUAAUAGUAUGCCCGCCAUAUACUGCAUAGGAGGUGUCAGUGGCUCAGGGAAGACUUUCCUGCGACAGCAGAACAAUGCACUUGCGCGACUGCCACAUUUUGACAUAGCGAACACGUACUCGCAGCACGGCGACAUAGCCAGGGAUAAAGCAACUCACAUAUGGCUAGGCGAGAUAGAAACCUAUCUCCGCUCAUGGCCGGGGCAGAGCAUCGUGUGCGAGGCAUUCUUCGCGCCGGGCAAGCACCAGCGGCGCGGGAUAGACGGCCUGGCGCGCACGUACGGCUAUCAAGUGUGGUACGUCUGGUGCGCCGCGCCGCGGCAGGAGUGCUUCAACCGCGUCACGGCCGACCACAGCUGCGGGCGGGAUGACUAUCGCCGAUACAUUGCACGAGUGAACAUCAUCAACGAGGUCGCUGACGCGCUGUUUGCGGAGCGGCGGGAUGAGUGCCUGCCGUACCUGCUUGACCGCACGUGCGCCCACUGCCGCGACCGGCCGUACCAGCCGCCGUUGUGCCAGGAGUGCGGGGACGUGACGCAGGCGCCUGCAUGCGGCGACUGCUCCCGGCGGGCGGGGGCCGAGCACUGGUGCACAGCCUGCGGCAAGCGCGAGCGGCGGCGCCGACACCGGCAGCGGCGCCAGCAGGACGCGCUUGGAGGCGGCGGCGGGCUGGGCGGCGGCGGGUUUGGCGGCCGUCACGAUGGUGGCGGCGGUUACAGCAGUGGCGGCGGCGGCGGCGGAGGAGGAGGAGGGUUCGGAGGUGGUGGGUACAGUGGCGGCGGCGGUUAUUGCGGCGGCGGUUACGGCGGCGGCGGUUACAGCAGUGGCGGCGGUUACGGCGGCGGCGGCGUCUACGGCGGAGGGCCAGGCUUCGGCGGGCCUGGCGGCUACGCUGGAGGCGGGGGUUACGGCAGGCCUGGCGUUUACGGCGGAGGGCCAGGCUACGGCGAUGAGUGCGGGCACGGGCGCGGCGGCGGUGGUGGGUACGGCGGCGGUGGUGGGUACGGAGGCCGGAACCCCGGGCGCGGGUACUACUGAUGACGGGCACGGAACAGAACAUGUGGGUCCUGUUGUGGCUGGUGCCGCGUGGCGAGCCCGGGUGGGUGAACGGCGAACUGGGUUAUGGAGAGAUUGGCGACGGGGUAUUGGUGCGUGAUAUUGUGGCACAUGUGCUGAAGGGCAUGAGGAAAACAAUGCGGGUAGGACAGCGAAUGCGAUGCAGAAUUACGGCCGCGGAUGGCGCUUGUGUGUGUUCAUGGGUGACUGGCGAUUGGCGAAUCCAUCUGUGUGCGUGGGCAAGCUCAGUGGCUGGUGUGGGUGGCCGGCAUGAUGGAGAGCUGAAGGCUGCUAGGGCGCGCUGCGGAAGUGCGCCAGAAGGAAUGAGAGUUUUCCUGCUAAACUAUUGUGUGCGUGCAUGACGUUUGCUUGCACAGGAAAGGGACUGGGGUGAUCCUGUGCGUGCCUGGUAUGGGCAGGGCAGACAAACGGGUUCGUGCAUCGGCGGUUCAUGGGCGGUACAUUGCGGCAGUGACAGGCGGUGUGCGUGAGGCGGUGUGCUUGAGGCGGUGUGAGACGCAUGUAGUACUGUGUGGACACCGCCGGGAACGACAGAAUCAUCAGUAACAGCUAGCAUUGCUAUUUGUAUCGCGCUUGGGUGGGAGCGUCGUCGCAGAACGAAGAGUUGAAGAC